GGGCUUUGUACGGCAACAGACACAGUCGAGAGUUCAACGUCAAGUUUCGCAGAUGCCGCCCAAAGGAAAAAGCGGUUCUGGAAAAGGGGGAAAAGGGGGAGCAGCAUCUGGGAGUGACAGUUCUGACAAGAAGUCUCAGGGUCCCAAAGGUGGUGGCAAUGCAGUAAAGGUCAGGCACAUUCUGUGUGAGAAACACGGGAAAAUCAUGGAAGCCUUGGAAAAGUUAAAGUCUGGAAUGAGAUUCAAUGAAGUGGCCACACAAUAUAGUGAAGAUAAAGCCAGGCAAGGGGGCGACUUGGGUUGGAUGACCAGAGGGUCCAUGGUGGGACCAUUUCAAGAAGCAGCAUUUGCUUUGCCUGUAAGUGGGCUGGACAAGCCUGUGUUUACAGACCCUCCAGUUAAGACAAAAUUUGGAUAUCAUAUCAUCAUGGUUGAAGGGAGAAAAUAAAAUUGCAUAGAAUACAGA